UGAAACGGUGAUGUAACUGUUGGUCAACCGCGCGUGUAAAUUAAUCAUUACACAGCUUAACCCUGAUAAAGGCGUUCAAAAAUGGAAUCUGUCACUGCACUUCACAUGGUUUUGUUUAGAUCUUUUCCUCUUCGCUACGCUUUCAAAUUCCAUUGAUUUUCCCCAUCUCCCUUCGGUACCUUUUAGCACUUCUGUUUAGUUUACCCAAAAUUUAAUUAGGGUUCGGGUUAGUUUUUGGUCCUUCUCGCCGGACACCAUGGUCAUCGAGAAGAGAAGGCUCUGGCUAUUUCUCUUCAUCGGCGGUAUCGUCGUCCUCAGUUUCACAGCUGAAAAAUGCAGGCAACUUGUUGGGGAACAGGCUUCAUCUCAGAGUGGGCAGUUUACAUUCUUAAACUGUUUUGACAUGAGCACUGGAACUCUAGCAUGCACAGUGAAAGAGGGUGUUAAACUUUAUUUCUACAACAUUAGAUCUGCUCAUGUUGAGAGAAUAAGGAAUCUUGCAGUUGAGAAGGCAUUAACGGAUGCAUUAUCACAAGGCAUGUCUGCUAAAGAUGCUGCUAAAGAAGCUCAGAUAGCAGGAACAAAAGCAGCUAAGAGGGCAACACGUCAAGCCAAGCGCAUUAUAGGUCCACUAAUUUCUUCUGGAUGGGACUUUUUUGAAGCUAUAUACUUUGGAGGUACCAUGACGGAAGGUUGUCUUAGGGGUACGGGAACCCUUCUUGGGACCUAUGCUGUUGGACUCCUUGGAGAGCAAAGGUUUGGGAGGUUUGGUUAUCUUGUGGGAAGUCAUUUGGGCAGUUGGGUUGGUGGUAGAAUAGGACUAAUGAUUUACGACAUUGUUAACGGAGUCCAUUACUUGCUUCAGUUUGUUCAAUCAGUCGAAAAAGUGGUUCAGGAAACUCCAUCAUAUGAAGUUUCUGAGGACUCCUAUGCGUAUGAAGCUCGUACGAAUGAACUUUGAAGCACCGCUCCCAAAGUUCAAAUGCUUGACUCUCCUCUCAUAGGCAUCCCCAAGGUGCGUGAAUUUGAACUGGGGGAAUAUUAUUGGCUUGUCCUAUCAUUAUUCUUCGAUAUAUUAAAUUAAGGUUUAUUCAAUACAGAUACAGUAUAGCUACAUUAUAAUGAUCUAUCUUCUGUAUAUAGUUGUUGAUGAAAUUAGUUAGCAGAAGGAUACCCCUAUACUUCUUGACUUAGCCUGAUUUGUUUAUACCUCCUUUUUGUUUAAUCCUAGUAACCUAUCCUGUACUCAUAAUACUAUAUUCUUGUCGUUCUGUUUGAAAAACUAUGCUACUCAGACUCUGGUGCAAGUGUCAUUAUGGGAAUGGAUCCAAGUGUUUGACUUUA